CGCCGCGGAGUGCGGCUGCCAGGGGCACACAGUAGGUUCUCAAUAAAUGUUCACUGACAGAACGAGCUUGUGGUCCCCCGCCCCGCCCCAACCGGCCCCAGGGAGAAAUCUACAGAGUCACAUAAUAACAGCCCUACACUUUGGCCACCACAUCUGCUCAGCCAGCUGUCACCUCACGUCUGCUCUGCACCAGGCCUUAAGCUGCAAGGCAGAGCCAUGAGUCCUCAGCCCUGCGGCAGGGGCAGUUAGCCCCCGAAGCUCUGGUGUGUGACUACAUGUGUGGUUUGGUCCUGUGGUGACUGGUGUGACCUAGGUGGCCACCAUGACGAAGCUCCUGGUGGCCAAGGUCCUCUGCAUGGUGGGCGUGUUCUUCUUCAUGCUGCUGGGCUCGCUGCUGCCUGUGAAGGUCAUCGAGGCGGACUUCGAGAAGGCACACCGCUCCAAAAAGGUCCUGUCCCUCUGUAACACUUUCGGGGGUGGUGUCUUCCUGGCUACGUGUUUCAAUGCGCUGCUGCCAGCAGUGAGAGACAAGCUGCAGCAGGUGCUGAGCUUGGGCCACAUCAGCACGGACUACCCGCUGGCCGAGACGCUCAUGAUGGUGGGCUUCUUCCUCACCGUGUUCGUGGAGCAGCUGGUGCUGACCUUCCGCCGGGAGCGGCCACCCUUCAUCGACCUGGAGACCUUCAACGCAGGCUCGGACGGUGUUCGAGGGCCUGGCCCUGGGGCUGCAGGAGGAGGGCGAGCGCGUGCUCAGCCUGUUUGUGGGCGUGGCCAUCCACGAGACGCUGGUGGCUGUGGCCCUGGGCAUCAGCAUGGCCCGCAGCGCGGUGCCCCUGAGGGACGCGGUCAAGCUGGCGGUGACCGUGAGCGCCAUGAUCCCCGUGGGCAUCGGCCUGGGCCUGGGCAUCGAGAGCGCCCGGAGCGUAGCCAGCAGCGUGGCGUCGGCACUGCUGCAGGGCCUGGCGGGUGGCACCUUCCUGUUCGUCACCUUCCUGGAGAUCCUGGCCAAGGAGCUGGAGGAGAGGAGCGAGCAGCUGCUCAAGGUGCUGUUCCUGGUGCUGGGCUAUGCCGUCCUGGCUGGCAUGGUGUUCCUCAAGUGGUGAGGGCCGCUCGCUUGCUGUCAUCGCCCCGUUGCCCACCCGAGCCGUGGGUCUCCGCAGGACACAGGCCCCGUGCCUCGCCAGCCACGCUCCAGGACCACAGGACGUGCACCGGGCCUCAGGCCCUCCACCUGCUCCUGACACCACUGAUACUGCUUUUAAGAAAAUGGCUUAAAGUUCUUUACCAAA